UGCAGAGUUAUCAUUUGACCAAUGGAGAAACAAGACGCUUCACACUUAUGACUUAAGUCGACACGUUCAAAAGGUGUUAAAACUUCUUUGUUUCAGGAUCCUUAAUAGCUCUGACAGUUCAUCUAAAUGUCUCAUUUUAAAAUAACUUCUACUUCAGUUUAGCUCUGGUUGAGAAGAACAAAGAGAUGUGGAGCCGUCAACUCAUCAUCAUCUGCACAGCUCUGAGUUUUGUGAUCAGUGCUGAAGGUUUGAUUGAAGUGUUUGGAUACAAGAGAAGAGAUGUAAAUAUUACAUGUCACUAUGAUGAGGGAUAUCAGACCUAUGAAAAAUACCUUUGUAAGAAUAACUGUGACUACAGUGACGUUCUCAUUACAACAACACAGAAAAAUAAAGGAAAAUAUUCCAUCACUGAUAAUAUAAAGAUCAGAGUCGUCACAGUGACCAUCUCUGACCUUCAAUCACGUGAUGCUGGGAAAUAUUGGUGUGGAAUCACAGUGUGGGGACCAGAUCUCUACACUGAAGUAAAACUGCACAUAAAAGAAGACAGAUGUUGCAACAACGUGAAUAAAAUCCAAAGUAUUGAGGAAGGUUCAGUGACCAUCAGCUGUCCGUACGACUCUCAGUCUGUCGACAAGCUGAAGUUCCUCUGCAGAGGAAACCGACCCUCCACUUGUCUUCAGCAGGCAGUGAUCACCUCUAGCAACACACAAAAUGGACGAUUCAGACUCUCUGAUGACAGGAAGUCAACAAUAUUCACAGUGACCAUUUCCAGUCUGACCCUGGAGGAUUCUGGGUCGUAUCUUUGUGGAGUCCAGAGAAACUCAGGAUUUGAUGAUUUCUCUGCUGUUGAGCUGGAGGUCAAAGAAUUAAAGUCGUCCAAAAUCAGUGGCAUCGAGGGACGUCCAGUAACUCUGCAGUGUCCUAAUUCAGGACAACAACAUGAUAACAAGAAGUUCCUCUGUAAAGGAGACCAACACAACAACUGUACAGACAUGAUGGAGAACCAAACAAAGUUCAAGCUGCUCAAUGUCUCCUCCAUCUGUUUCUCUGUGAUCAUCACUGAACUGGAAGCAGCUGAUGCAGGAACAUACUACUGUGGUUCAGACUCUCAGCUGACAUUCAUAAAGAUACAGCUGGCAGUCGACUCUCUACAUCAAACCAGCUCUGCUGACCAGGUUACAUCACAGCCUCCAUCACAUAAUCCUGACGUUUCUUUGUUCUACAUUCUGCCUGCGGUCUUCGCUCUGCUUCUGAUCCUGACAUUUGUCCUUUUGCUGGUUUUAAAAUACAAAUCAAGGAUCAAACAAGUGGAUGGAGUCAAUUCAAACGUGUUGAACUCUGAUGACAGUAAUGUGGAGAUGAGAAUCAAUGAUAUCUACAAUUUACAAGAGGAUGCUGUUUACAUGAACUCUUCCACUCCAAACAUGUUGAAUCAUGAUGACAAUGAUAUCUACAACAACAUCCUUUAAAGGAGACCAGCAGAAGUUAGGAAACACGUGACCAGUGUUUCUCACAUCUAGUGUAACAGCUCACUAUAGCAACCAGAUGCUGGUGUGUUUUCAUUUAGACAUGUUUUUAAUAUUUAUUAAAUAACAUUAUCUGAACUUGAGCUAUCCAAUAUUUCCAAAUGCUGUAAUUUCAAUGUUAUUGCAUUGAAUAUAUAAGCUGCA